AUGCGUAUUUUAAUAUAUUUACAAAAUUUCAUUUACACACUUGAAACGAGAAUGCUCAUUUUCUGCCAUAUUUAAAAAUUAAAAAUGGCAGCGGAUUCAGAAAGAUACAUUUUUGAAGCAGAAUGGUAUGAUAAAGUUUCUUUUACAUUGAAGAAAUUUUAUUUAUAUUUUUUUCCAUCAGAUAAUAGUGUAGAACUUUUUGAUUUAAAAACUAGAAAAACUUUUUUACGAAGAUCCAAAUGCAAUGGAGUGGAAUCUAAAGAUUUUUACGUUGGGGCAAUGGUUACUAUAUUCUCUAGGAACAUAAAAAUUACAAAUUUUGCUGAUCAAGCAACAAAAAAAAAAUUAUCAUCUAAGAGAGUCAAAACAUAUGUAAUAUUAAAACCAAAUAUAAUCAACAAAUUGGGUGAGAUUUUAAAAACUAUUUCUGAUUAUGAUUUUCACAUAUCAAAUCUCAGAAUGGGUCAAAUUAAUCUUGAAGAUGCAAAUGAAAUUUUCGAAUCAACAAGCGAUAAGUUAAUAACAUUGAUUGAAUGCAUAAUUGCUGGUCCAGUUAUUCUACUUGUAUUAUUAAGCGAAGAUACUACAGUUAGAUUGCAAAAAUUAACUACUACAUUUGAAGAAAAUUCCAUAAGCAACGGUAUUUAUAUCUCAGAUAAUAAAGAUGAAAUAAAUUUCUUUUCAUCCGAAGAAAAUAUAAAACAAAAAAUAAAAAGUUCAGCUAAAUUACAAAAUUGCACAUGCUGUAUCAUUAAGCCUCAUGCAGUUCAAGCUAAAUUGUUUGGACCCAUAAUUAUUGAUAUACAAAAAGCUAAUUUUAUCAUAUCAGCAGUAGAGCAAUUUUAUAUAAAUUCUGUAAAUUCAGAAGAAUUUUUAGAAGUAUAUAAAGGCGUUCUGCCUGAUUAUGCUGCAAUGGUCAGUGAACUGCAAUCAGGAGUUUGUUUUGCAAUGGAAAUUACGCAUAGCGAUGCUCAGUUAGAUAUUGUAUCAGAAUUCAGAAAAUUUUGUGGACCAAUGGAUCCUGAAAUGGCUAGGCAGUUACGACCAAAUACAUUACGUGCUAAAUAUGGAAAGACAAGAAUUCAAAAUGCUGUUCAUUGUUCUGAUUUAUCGGAUGAUGGAUUAUUAGAGGUGGAGUACUUUUUUCAAAUCUUGAACAAAAAU